GAAUGGGUGGUGGGUGAUCUCCCUCUUCUCACAGGGAGAGUAGAAUCUGCCCUGGGAUGAUUUGGUGAAGGCGGGGUGAUGAGGUUCAUCCUCCAUGUCUGGGAUUGAGAGGCAGGUAUCACAGUUUUGCCAUUGUUAUUCGCUGAUCAGAUGACACGUAGAGUAGGUUCGUUGUAAUAGUGGCAGCAGCAGCGAGGAGAGGAGGAGGAGGAGGAGGAGGAGAGGGGUCGGGGGAGGGGGAAGAAACCUCCUAUUCCUGAUACCCACCCUUGUUACUGUUGCUCGGAUUGCUUUGUUAGUGCAGGCGUUCGGUUUCUCUCGUACUCGUACUCUUUGCGGAGUUCUUAACCCCCUUAGUUGUCCGUACUUCUCCGUGGUUCUGAGCGUUCCCUGCCAUAACCGUUCUUUUCUCCCUUCCUCUUUUCCUCCUGCCUCCUUGUCCCUUCCUCUCUGCAUUACCCCUUCCUGUAAUCACUUUCUUCUUCGGUCUGCAUGAUUGUCGUUUUCCUUUCCUUCCCACUCUAUACGUACACCUCCCGUGGCAGUUGCCUUCAUCUCACGGAAGUGCAGUGGAAGGGUUCCUCUCUUGCCAGUCGAGCCCUCGACUAUUCACGGGUUUUCUCUGAGUGGGGGGUGUCGAUGACCGGCCUUCGGGUACCACCCGGUUUGGAGCAGUGAGCGGGAGGUGAAAGGGGGGCGGAGGGGGGGAGAGAGGGUGGUUGGUUGAGAAAUUGGCAGCUGUUGGGCGGAGUCGAUGGCUGCAGAGUUGGGAGAGGGGUCAACUGAUCUGGCGUCCAAGUCUGGCCAUGGCAGGGACAGCGAUGCAGGGGCUGCGGCCGGGGAAGGCAAAAGCUUGGCGGAAGAAGCAACAGUAGCAGCAGCAGCAGGGGGAGGAGUAGGAGUAGGAGUAGCAGUAGGAGUAGGCGGAGGAGGAGGAGGAGGAGGAGGAGGAAGUGGUGCAAAAGCUCGAGCGCGCAAAAAGGGCGCAGCGGGUGGAAAAGGAUCGGCAGCAGACGUAGCAGCAGCUCCUGCGGCAGUAGCAGCAGCAGCAGGAGCGGGAGCGGGAGGGGGAGGGGGAGGGGGAGGAGUGGGGGGGGCAGUAGAACGAAUAGGGGAUUCAGGCGGAGGCGCGGUAGUAGUAAGAGGAGGAGGGGAGGGGGGAGGAGAUGGCGAUACUGCCUUGUUUCAGAGGGUGAGCGAUCAAUUGAAGUCGCUCUCCAUGAAAUUCGGCCAAGCUGCUGGGAACGGUGGGGCGAAGAGGCAUGCCUUCUGGGAGACACAGCCUGUGGGUCAGUUCCAGGAAGAUGACGGCAGCGGGUGGGAAGACGGGCUGGUUGCCACCGGUCCCAUCGACGCUAAUCAGAGGGUGGAGGACGUGAGGAAAGAGCCGUACAACCUGCCGACCAAUUUCGAAUGGUGCACGUGUGACGUGGACUCUGCCGAGAUGAUCGAGGAGAUAUAUAAUCUGUUGACAAACAAUUACGUGGAAGAUGAUGAUAACAUGUUUCGGUUUGAUUACUCGGUGAGCUUCCUUAGGUGGGCGCUGAAACCGCCGCGGUACUUCAAGAGCUGGCAUGUGGGGGUUCGCGCCAAAUCCUCGCGCAAGCUGGUGGCCUUCAUCACGGGUGUUCCCGCCAAAAUUAGGGUUGAAAAUCAGCUGGUGCCGAUGGCCGAGAUCAACUUCCUGUGCGUGCACAAGAAGCUGCGCGCCAAGCGCUUGGCGCCCGUCUUGAUUAAGGAGGUGACCAGACGGGUGCAAUCGGAGGACAUCUGGCAGGCGGCCUACACGGCGGGGGUGGUUAUUCCCAAACCCAUCGCCACGUGUCAAUACUGGCACCGAUCUUUGAACCCUAAGAAACUCAUCGACGUGGGCUUUUCAAGAUUGGCCCCUCGGAUGACUAUGAGCCGCACGAUCAAGCUCUACCACUUGCCGACCGAGACGAAGUCGCCGGGAUUCCGACAGACCGAGCGUCGCGACAUCCCGGCCGUCACCGCGCUGCUCACGGACUACCUCGCGCAGUUCAAGGUCGCCCCGCUUUUCUCGGAGGAUGACGUGGCGCAUCAGCUCAUGCCGAUUAAAGAUGUCGUCAACAGUUAUGUGGUCGAAGAUCCGAAGACGAAGCAGAUCACCGACAUGUGCAGCUUCUACACCCUUCCCUCCACAGUCAUUGGCAACGAGAACUACAAGGUACUCAAGGCAGCUUAUUCCUAUUACAACGUGGCCAAGAAGACGCCGUUGUUGCAGCUCAUGAAUGAUGCCUUGAUAAUGGCAAAGAGGGAGAAUUACGACGUGUUCAAUGCGCUGGACAUCAUGGAAAAUCAGCGCUUUUUGAAAGAGCUGAAGUUUGGUCCUGGAGAUGGGCACUUGCAUUACUAUCUCUACAAUUUCAGGGUUCACGGGGUCUUAAAGCCCCCCGAACUGGGACUAGUGCUCCUAUAAGGAGGUUGGCGGUGGUGGUGGUGGUGCUGACGGCGGCGGCGACGACGGCGCCGGCGAUGGGGAGAGCGAGGAGGGGUCCCUUUGCCGGGGGGGGGCGAAUCAUCUUCGAGCAGGUGUAGGUAAACGUUGUGUUAUUGAAGGGAGGAAAUGUGGUAUAUCCGGAAAGAGGUUUGUGCGCACGGAUUUGUGUUUCUCCUUGGGUCGAAGAGGGUGUAAGAAAGAGGGUUGGCCUCUUCGCUUGGCCUUGGUGUGCCUGAACUCAUGAUGCCUUUGUGUAUUGCCCUUCCUCAUUUCUUACGAUUCUAAAUGGUGCAUGCGUAGAAUGGCAGGUCUCCUCCUCUGGUUGGUUACUCCAUGCAGACCUCGUAUUCGUGAAUGGGAGAAAACAGUUAUGUGUGCUGCUUGAUGGUAAUAAUUGGUUGGCAACUAGGCAGCCCUUCCCGCUUUCUCCUUCCCCCCGCCCUUCCCCCUCAUCCCCCCUUUUCCUUCCUCUCCUUAUUGGUUUGGUUGUGGCAGGCAUAUCCCAUAUGCAUCAAUGGGCGAAAGUUUAAGAAGCAGUGAUGCUGCCCGCUUCGCGGCAUGUGUUGUUGUCAACAAGGGAGCCUGUGCCUUCUCCCGCUCAUCUGCCCCUCUUUCCCCACUCUCCUCCAUAUCCCUUCCUGUUGUUCGCUUUCACCCCACCCUUUUGGCUCCCCUCGUUCUGGCACUCGCUCUGUCGAUGAGAGGAGUAAAUGCAGUCUGCUAAGCCGGUGCUUAUGGGGGCGGGUUGCAGCCCCCCUCCGGUGCUAGCAGAGUAGGGCUGUAAUGCUGCAGCACCUUUGAUGCCCACGGAGCGGGGUCAUAGUGCGGUGCCUGCGAUGCUAACGGGAUUGGGUCCUCUGCUGCUGUUGUGGCGGGGGGGGUGAUUGCGUUAUGAGGUUGGCACAGAAGCAUGUUAUGAGCAAGCAGAGCUGUUUUUCUUGUUGUGCACUGAACUUUGGUUCCUCCUCACUUUGUGUGCUUUUGGUUGCUCAUUCACAUUGCUGAGCACUUCGAUUUGUUCCUGUUGCCCGCACAAUUCUUUGCAUUGUCAGACUUCCACGAGAUCAUUUUUUUGGGUUGAAGUUCUUUAUGUGUUGAAGAAGUCCUGGUGCAAGUUUUCCUGUUGAUCUUUUAGGCUUUUGAAGGUCUGUCUGUUUUGAUGGCAGUAAAAGUUUUCAAUUCUG